UAUUUCAAGAUGGCGGAAUGUACAAGGAAGAAGAGAACGAAAAGCAAGCGAAAAAUCUAUCUAUAUGAGUAUAUUUAAAUGUAUACAUGUGCAAAUCAACGAAUUUCUAAAGACAAAGCACAGAGUUAAUUUAAAAUUAAUCAAUAUUAAAUAUAUCCAAGCGCAGCUGCCACGUUGUAUGACUUUACCUUACCGUAAAGCUUUGAAAUUUGUGCAAAACCCUAAAUUUUGCAUCCCCGUACUGCCUAGUUUAGCCAAACAGCAGGAAACGCAACUGAAAACAUUCCUUUGGCUGAACUGCAGGAAAUAUUGCUGUUGUUCAGUGGUAAUUAAAUGCGGUCCUGGUGAGAAGCAUUUAACAUAUUUUAAAAACUCCGCACAUUUUGAAGCCACGCUACGAUAUUUAUGUUAGUGCCCAAGCGUAAGGGUGUUUAGGCAAAUUACUGCAGCAUCUAACAGCAGACUAUGUUUAACUAUUUUCGUUACCAAAACCUAAAAGAGCACACAUAGCUAUGGCUGCGACGAGAAAACUUCAAGGCGAAAUUGAUCGAUGUCUAAAAAAGGUAGCAGAGGGAGUCGAAACGUUUGAGGAUAUUUGGAAAAAAGUACAUAAUGCGACAAACACCAAUCAGAAGCAAAAACAUCUGCAGGAGAAGUAUGAGGCAGAUCUCAAAAAGGAAAUUAAGAAGCUUCAACGAUUGCGCGACCAAAUCAAAUCUUGGAUUGCAUCGGCAGAAAUAAAGGAUAAGAGCUCGCUUCUAGAGAAUCGAAGGCUAAUUGAAACUCAAAUGGAACGCUUUAAGGUAGUCGAGCGCGAAACAAAAACCAAAGCCUAUUCCAAGGAGGGGUUGGGGGCUGCACAAAAGAUGGAUCCUGCUCAACGAAUCAAAGAUGAUGCCCGCAAUUGGUUAACCAACUCAAUAAGUUCACUUCAAAUUCAAAUUGACCAGUAUGAAAGUGAGAUAGAAUCGUUGCUGGCUGGUAAAAAGAAACGAUUAGAUCGAGACAAACAAGAGCGAAUGGACGAUUUACGGGGAAAGCUGGAGCGACAUAAAUUCCAUAUAACAAAACUCGAGACCCUGCUUAGGCUUCUCGAUAAUGACGGUGUCGAAGCGGAUCAGGUAAACAAGAUAAAAGAUGAUGUUGAAUAUUACAUUGAUUCAUCGCAAGAGCCGGACUUUGAAGAAAAUGAGUUCAUCUACGACGAUAUUAUUGGACUCGACGAAGUAGAACUCAGCGGCACGGCCACGACGGAUAGUAAUAACAGCAACGAGACCAGCGGAUCCCCAAGCAGCGUUACCUCCGGAGGAAGUCCGUCACAGUCGCCUGUCACGGUUCAACACAUUUUGAACACGUCCUCGCAAGCGGCUGUUAGUAGUUGCAGUAGUGCAACUAGCGCUGCAUUGUUCCAGCAGCAACAAGCAGCAGCCCUAUCAAAUGGAAACAACGUAGGCUAUUCAAGCGACUCUGGUGCAGUUUCAGCAUCAACAUCAGUUUCCAUACCCACGGAUCUGGGAGGCGGCACAAUUGCAAUUAUGUGUGGUGGCGACAAACGCAACAAGAACAGCGAAAGCAAUGCCAACAGUAAAUCCAAAUCACAACCUCAACAACUUAUUAAGCCAACACCUGUGCGUGCUACGGCUAAGCCGCCAUCGACUAGUGAUAACAAGAUUAUCAGCUCAACUCCUAACAAAAACCAGCAACAUUUGCCCACGACGGCUGCCAUAGUCGCAGCUUCCGGGCUCCAAACGCAGAACAGUAGCAGUGGAAGCGGAAAUUGUCAUACCACUGUGGGAACGGGAGGAGCACAGACGUCAACUAGUGGUCAUAUUCCCGCGGUACAUCAACACGCUCCAACGCCUGGACAGAGCGCUGCUAUGACAGGUACAACAGCCGCGAGUAAUGUAUGUUCGGCGACGAUCGCGAGCACUGUCAAUGUUCAAUGCCCAUCUGUGAUCCAAGCUACACCAACAAUUGCGUUUGCUGCUGUAGCAAAACACAAUACAUCCCUUCUGGAAAAUGGUCCUGUUUUGCAGCAUCAACAAGCAAUAGUUCCAACUGUGGCAGCUAUCGUAGGAUCUGGAGCGCAGGCACAGCAACAUGUGGCACAGCUAUCAAAUCUUCAAACAAAUCCCUCACGCUUACAAAAUGGUCUGCCUGACUCAGACAGUAAUAACGAUAGCAGCAAUGUAGUCGAUACGAUUUCCCUUAAAAUAAUGGCACAGGAAGCCAUUAAUCGAUCUGCGAUCGUUAAUAAUUCACAAAAUCAGCAGCAAUCGAGCAACAUCGACACAAGGCAGUCACAGAAAUCACUCCCCCAAAAUUUCAACUCGGAAACGAAUGCCAAUCAACAGCAAUUGACAUCACAACAGCAACAACAUCUUCAAAAUACCCCCGUUUCUACGACAGCGAUUGGUUCAAUUGUGGGUACGUCACAAGGAUCAGGAAACAUCAACGGACCUACAAGCAACAGUGCUCUCAUUAAUCUAACAAACGCUGCUGGACAGCCAAUCAGCGGCCACGGCAAAGCUCAUGCGUGCCAACAUCAGCAGAUGGCCACGACGGAAGCGCACAUUCCCACAUUACUUGGAGUGACACCAUUAGGGCCAACGCCUCUUCAGAAGGAGCAUCAAAUGCAGUUCCAAAUGAUGGAGGCCGCCUAUUAUCAUCUUCCCCAGCCCAUGGACACAGAAAAGCUCCAGACUUAUUUUCAUCGCGCACCAGUGCCUACGCCACCGCAUUACCCACAGGCACAGCUGCCAAUAUACGACACCGUUGAAUUCUAUCAACGCCUCUCAACAGAGACGCUUUUUUUUGUAUUCUACUAUAUGGAAGGCUCCAAGGCUCAAUAUCUGGCGGCCAAGGCCUUAAAAAAGCAAAGCUGGCGUUUUCACACAAAGUACAUGAUGUGGUUUCAAAGGCACGAAGAACCCAAAAUUAUCAACGAUGAUUACGAACAGGGUACGUACAUCUAUUUUGACUAUGAAAAGUGGAGUCAAAGAAAAAAGGAAGGAUUCACUUUUGAAUACAAGUACUUAGAGGACAAGGAGCUGAAUUGAAAAUGUUGCAGUGUGCCGAUUCGUCUUGUCUAUAAAAAUCAAUACAUAAAAUAAAAACAAAUACACAUCCACAAUCUUAACAAAAACAAUGAAAUAGACCCAGAGAUGAACUAAAAAAAUAAAAAAGUAAGGCAACUAGCCGUAAGCAUAAGUUUAAAGAUAAAUGAAGUAUGAUACUUAUUCUGAAUGCAUGUUUAAGUCCAUUUUUUCAAUUUAAAUGUUUCAUUGUUUGUUACACUCGCCAAAUUUAUGCGAAUGUUAAACUUGAGAUUCAAACAAAGUACAUUUCUCUAAAGUGUCUUUUUCAUUUGAACUAAAUAUAUAUAUUUCAAUGAAUUUAUUGGUUCUCAUCACCUUCCGAUUCGCAUAUUUUAUAAACGCAUUUACCGAAUGCAGUCAUCUUUUAAUAACAAAUAAAAAUAAAUAAAAAACGAUAUCUUGGAUAUGAACAAAUUAUAAAUCUUAAAAGAAUUAGGUAAUGUUUUUACGAUUUCUAAAAUUUUUAUAUCGGUCAUGAUCUGCUAAAAUGUAAAAAAAUAUUUAAUUAUGAGUUAAAUGAGUUGUAAGCAUAGGAAUAAAGAAAAAUUUGGAAGCGA